AUGUUGGCUUCGCGUCUCUCUCGAGCUCUUCCCCGAGCUGCCCCUAUCACUGCUCGCUCAGCUGCCUUUGCCAGGCCGCUGGCCCCCAGAUUUGCUCGCUAUGAGUCUACUGCUGCUGGCGAGGGCGAGAAAGUCCAGGGAUCCGUCAUCGGUAUCGAUUUGGGUACCACCAACUCGGCCGUUGCCAUCAUGGAAGGCAAGGUUCCUCGCAUCAUUGAGAACUCGGAAGGCGCUCGCACCACUCCUUCAGUAGUUGCUUUUGCUGAAGAUGGUGAGCGACUUGUCGGUGUCGCCGCCAAGCGACAGGCCGUCGUCAACCCAGAGAACACUCUUUUCGCCACCAAGCGAUUAAUAGGACGCAAGUUCACCGACGCUGAGGUGCAGCGUGAUAUCAAGGAGGUUCCCUACAAGAUCGUUCAGCACAGCAAUGGUGACGCUUGGGUUUCUGCCCGUGGCCAGAAUUACUCUCCUUCUCAGAUUGGUGGUUUUGUCCUGAACAAGAUGAAGGAGACGGCCGAGGCCUACCUCUCUAAGCCCGUCAAGAACGCUGUUGUCACCGUUCCUGCCUACUUUAACGACGCUCAGCGCCAGAGCACCAAGGAUGCUGGCCAGAUUGCUGGCCUCAAUGUUCUCCGUGUUGUUAACGAGCCCACUGCUGCUGCUCUUGCCUACGGUCUGGAGAAGGAGGCCGACAGGGUCGUUGCUGUCUAUGAUCUUGGAGGUGGUACCUUCGAUAUCUCCAUCUUGGAGAUCCAGAACGGUGUUUUUGAGGUCAAGUCAACCAAUGGUGACACACACCUCGGUGGUGAGGAUUUCGAUAUCCACCUUGUUCGACACAUGGUCGCAGACUUCAAGAAGACUUCUGGCAUUGACCUGUCCAGUGACCGCAUGGCUAUCCAGCGUAUUCGCGAGGCUGCUGAGAAAGCCAAGAUCGAGCUCUCCUCUUCCCUCCAGACUGAUAUCAACCUGCCUUUCAUCACCGCCGACUCAUCCGGCCCCAAGCACAUCAACAUGAAGCUUAGCCGUGCUCAGCUUGAGAAGAUGGUGGACCCCCUCAUCACCCGCACCAUUGAGCCUGUCCGCAAGGCUCUGAAGGAUGCUGGCCUCCAGGCCAAGGAAAUUCAGGAGGUCAUCCUUGUCGGAGGUAUGACCCGUAUGCCCAAGGUCGCUGAGUCCGUCAAGAGCAUUUUCGGCCGCGAUCCCGCCAAGUCUGUCAACCCUGAUGAGGCUGUCGCCAUUGGUGCUGCUAUUCAGGGUGCCGUUCUCUCUGGCGAAGUCAAGGACCUCUUGCUGCUCGAUGUUACUCCCUUGUCCCUUGGUAUCGAGACAUUGGGCGGUGUCUUCACUCGUUUGAUUAACCGCAACACCACCAUCCCAACCAAGAAGUCCCAGGUUUUCUCUACUGCCGCCGACUUUCAGACUGCCGUUGAGAUCAAGGUCUACCAGGGUGAGCGAGAGCUUGUCCGUGACAACAAGCUGCUGGGUAACUUCCAGCUUGUCGGAAUCCCCCCUGCUCACCGUGGUGUUCCUCAGAUUGAGGUCACCUUCGACAUCGACGCUGACUCUAUUGUUCACGUCCACGCCAAGGACAAGUCCACGAACAAGGAUCAGUCCAUCACCAUCGCAUCUGGCUCCGGUCUCUCCGAAAGCGAGAUCCAGCAGAUGGUUGAGGACUCUGAGAAGUAUGCCGAGGCUGACAAGGGCCGCAAGGCUGCUAUUGAGGCCGCCAACCGUGCCGAUAGCGUUCUCAACGACACCGAGCGUGCCCUGAACGAGUACGCUGACAAGCUCGACAAGACCGAGGCUGACGGCAUUAAGGACAAGAUUGCUGCCCUCCGUGAGUUCGUUGCCAAGAGCCAGUCUGGUGAGGGCACUGCCACCGCUGAGGAGAUCAAGGAGAAGACCGACGAGCUUCAGAUGGCUAGCUUGAAUCUCUUCGACAAGAUGCACAAGGCCCGUAACGAGGCCGGUUCCGGCGAGCAGGCUUCUGGUGAGCAGCAGGGCGAGGGUGAGAAGAAGGACGAGAACAAGCCAUAA